AUGGCGCUGAAGUGUGUCCAUCAAGGUUGCGGCAAGACCUAUGUCGAGGGAGAAGAGGAUGGGUGCAACUAUCAUCCUGGUCCCCCCAUCUUCCACGAGGGUCAGAAAGGUUGGAAGUGCUGCAAACCGCGCGUCUUGACCUUUGAAGAGUUCAUGUCCAUCACCCCCUGCACCCAAGGACGCCACUCCACCACGGACCUGCCCCCAAAGAUUGAAAAGAAGGAAGCCCCCGCAGACGCGCCCGCGCCCGCUGCCUCGCAACCGCCGGCCGUGCCACGCGUCCCCGUCGCCUCCGCCACUGCAACCCCACCGGCAGAGGCGCCCGCGCCGCCGCCCGAAUCGGAGGAUGACGAUCCUGCGCUAGAGAUCCCAGAUGGGAAGACCUGCAGGCGGAAGGGCUGUGACGCAACUUACAAGAAGGGGGCCGCCAGGGAAGGGGAGCAAUGUGUCCACCACCCGGGUGUGCCCAUCUUCCACGAGGGCAGCAAGGGUUACAGCUGCUGCAAGCGGCGCGUGCUCGAGUUUGACCAGUUCAUGAAGAUUGAGGGAUGCGCGACCAAGGGUAGGCAUCUGUUCGUCGGCAGCGGCGGCAAGAAGAAGGGGGCCGGCGCCAACGGUGCUGAGGGUGGAGAGCAGUUGUUGGAAUCUGUCAGGCACGACUACUAUCAAACUGCAACUACCGUGAUCGCGUCCUUCUUCCUGAAAAAGAUCGACAAGGACCGAGCAAAGGUCAUAUUCAACGCACAGUCCAUCAACCUGGACCUGCCAACCACAGACACGACGCGCUACCGGACAGAGGUGCCUCUCUACGCGGCAGUGGAUCCAGCAAAGUCGUCGUACAAGAUCCUGGGCACCAAGCUCGAGGUGAACCUGGCCAAGGCGGAUGUCGCGUCUUGGCCGGUGCUCAGGAGCGACGAGAGGCACACGGGCGAGAUACUACAGGUCGGGAGGGCGGGGAGUGUUGCCCGGUGAAUUUUCUUGAGGGGCGGUAGGGUAGGGUGGCGCUUGGAGAAGGGAGGGGAGGGGCAGAAAGAAAAUAUUUUCGGCUGGGUGGGCAAAAACAGCCAUUGGCCUCGCGCCAAGCCGUUGAGGCGGCAGAAGUUGCGUUACCGGCGCUGAGGACGGAGCGCUAAAUAACGGCCUAAGCGAAACGGCGACUAGUCGCCAAGAGUCUUUUUUUUCUUUUUCAAGUGGUUAAAAGCCUGGUUGAGGGUGACUAAACAUGAAAAGAGCGGAAGAUGGAUUAAUAUCAAAAGAGAUUUAUUACAAUGCCAG